AUAAACAAAGGCACAUUGGCGGCCAGGACCAGUCCGCCCGGCGGCUCGCGCUCGGCUCCGCGGUCCCGCUCGCCUGCCCAGCCGGCCGCCAGCCCAGCCGGCCGCCUGCCCCUGCUCCCUCCCCGCUCGCGCUGCCUCCACUCCCUUCCCCACCCCCCGCGCGCCCACCCCUCCCGGACGCCGGCAGCCGCGCUCCCACUGGGAACUGCACUUGGUCAGAGUUGAAUGAAUGAACAGAGACGCGGGGAACUCCUGAGGAGGAGAUCAGCUGGGCCGAAUCCCCCACUGCUUUUCUAAAAAUCCUGGGAACUUUGUCCUUCUGUGAAUUACGACACUGUCCACCUUUAAUUUCCUCGAAAACGCCUGUAACUCCUCUGAAGCUUCAGUACCUUUAUGGACAACUACAGCACAGGCUACGACGUCAAGCCACCUUGCUUGUACCAAAUGCCCCUCUCCGGACAGCAGUCCUCCAUUAAAGUAGAAGACAUUCCGAUGCACAACUACCAGCAGCACAGCCACCUGCCCCCCCAAUCCGAGGAGAUGAUGCCGCACUCCGGGUCGGUUUACUACAAGCCAUCCUCGCCCCCGACGCCCACCACCCCGGGCUUCCAGGUGCAGCACAGCCCCAUGUGGGACGACCCGGGGUCGCUGCACAACUUCCACCAGAACUACGUGGCCACAACGCACAUGAUCGAACAGAGGAAGACGCCAGUCUCCCGUCUCUCCCUCUUCUCCUUUAAGCAGUCACCCCCUGGCACUCCAGUGUCUAGCUGCCAAAUGCGCUUCGACGGGCCCCUGCACGUCCCCAUGAACCCAGAACCCGCGGGCAGCCACCACGUGGUGGACGGGCAGACCUUUGCCGUGCCCAACCCCAUCCGCAAGCCCGCGUCCAUGGGCUUCCCGGGCCUGCAGAUCGGCCACGCAUCGCAGCUGCUGGACACCCAGGUGCCCUCACCGCCGUCGCGGGGCUCCCCCUCCAACGAGGGGCUGUGCGCGGUGUGCGGCGACAAUGCGGCCUGCCAGCACUACGGCGUGCGCACCUGCGAGGGCUGCAAAGGCUUCUUUAAGCGCACCGUGCAAAAAAAUGCGAAAUACGUGUGUUUAGCAAAUAAAAACUGCCCGGUGGAUAAGCGCCGCCGCAAUCGCUGUCAGUACUGUCGGUUUCAGAAGUGCCUGGCUGUUGGGAUGGUUAAAGAAGUGGUUCGCACUGACAGUUUAAAAGGCCGGAGAGGUCGUUUACCCUCAAAACCGAAGAGCCCACAGGAGCCCUCUCCCCCUUCGCCCCCGGUGAGUCUGAUCAGCGCCCUGGUCAGGGCCCACGUCGACUCGAACCCGGCUAUGACCAGCCUGGACUAUUCCAGGUUCCAGGCGAACCCUGACUAUCAGAUGAGUGGAGAUGACACCCAGCAUAUCCAGCAAUUCUAUGAUCUCCUGACUGGCUCCAUGGAGAUCAUCAGGGGCUGGGCAGAGAAGAUCCCCAGCUUUGCCGACCUGCCCAAAGCCGACCAGGACCUGCUUUUUGAGUCAGCUUUCUUAGAAUUGUUUGUCCUGCGAUUAGCAUACAGGUCCAACCCAGUGGAGGGUAAACUCAUCUUUUGCAAUGGGGUGGUCUUGCACAGGUUGCAAUGCGUGCGUGGCUUUGGGGAAUGGAUUGAUUCCAUUGUUGAAUUCUCCUCCAACUUGCAGAAUAUGAACAUCGACAUUUCUGCCUUCUCCUGUAUUGCUGCCCUGGCUAUGGUCACAGAGCGACAUGGGCUCAAGGAACCCAAGAGAGUUGAAGAACUGCAAAACAAAAUUGUAAAUUGUCUCAAAGACCAUGUGACUUUCAAUAAUGGGGGGUUGAACCGCCCCAACUAUUUGUCCAAACUGUUGGGGAAGCUCCCAGAACUCCGUACCCUUUGCACACAGGGGCUCCAGCGCAUUUUCUACCUGAAAUUGGAAGACUUGGUACCACCGCCAGCAAUAAUUGACAAACUUUUCCUGGACACUUUACCUUUCUAAGCUCUCAUCCCAUGCACUUCAAAAGAACUGGAAGCAAAACUAAAACUGCCCACAGGGGGGGUAGACCCCACAGGUGUCUCAGCUCCAACUGUGUCCCCCUUCUGUAAUCCCCAUCCCAACCCAGCCCAGCCCCUGAUCCCUAAAGAAAACAAACA